CUCUCUCCAUAUCUCCAGGUGAGAUGACAACCAAGGAAGUGGAAGAAAUUAAAAUAACUUGAAAUUCACCAGUAAUAAGGGGAAACGUCCCUUAAAUUAUUGAGGAGGACCCAUGUUAGACAAGAGGUGUCCCACAAUGCACUGGUUGGCUUUGAUGAUGAUGUUUGCCUGGCUGUUCACAUGCACUCUCUGCUUCGCUUGAUCAUUCACAUUAUUGUUUUUGUUAUUAUUAUGAUGAUGAUGAUUGUGCUUUGGCUGUGUAUCAUCUGAUCUACUAUAUACUGGAUAUCCUACUGUUAUCACGCCCUGUAAGAUUUUAUUUAUUCAUUGGCCUUUUUAAAUUUUUUUUUUUUGCUUUGUUGGUCUUUGAUCUGUUUCGAAAACAUUUUCUUCCCAGUAUAUAUAUUUUCCUUCUGGAUUUAGUUCCCAAUAUCAAUCUGUGCAAAUCCAUUUUUUAAGAAUUAACAGAUCAGUUGCUGAAUCAGAGUAACAAGUUGUGUGUUGCGGAUUACCCAGUCAACUUUGAGCCCCAAGAGACCCAUUUCUAUUGUUCCAUUCGCGGAUCAGGUGCUGAUUCAAAAUUCUAGGUCGCAUGUUUUGAACUGUCCUUGUCAAAUUGGAGCACCCACAGGCAUCUUUAUCUUACGAGUGUUGCAUCAAACUUUUAUAAGUGGAUCUGUUACAGGAAGUCUACGAAUUUGUCCUUUUUCUCUGUUUAACAGUGCUAGUUUGCUCUAUUUGUUUUCCCCGUUCUUUCCAAUCAGCAAAUCUAUGUCUUGACUGUCUUCGCAUUUUUUACACUAUUCCAUCUAUUAGGUAUCUGCGCCUGAAUCAUUUCUGAUACCACUUUUGUCCUGGGUGGCAAUUGAAAUCAAGAAAUUAAAGUUUGCAAAAUAUAUCAUUUUGAGGUCAUCCUGUCCAUUUUCUUACCCUUUCUGCCUUAGUUUGUAAUACAAGUUCACUCUUACACUUUGUACCUUAUAUUGCAAUCCAAAUUUCCCCAUUUGCAGAUGAUACCUGUGCUGUAAUAAUUUCAAGUUGGGAUAAAAAUACUUGAGUCAUGGAAUCUGGAGCAUGCCUACGCCUUUUGAUUUCUCUGGUAUUAGCCCUUUGUAUGGCAGAGGAGGCCUCGUGCUGGUCUUCCGCCGAGAAGCCUGGAACAAUCUAUGAUGCUUUAAAAAUGAAUGGCCUGCCCAUAGGUCUCCUACCCAAGAAUGUGAAAAACUAUACAAUAGAUGAGGAGUGGAGUUUUGAGGUGCAUUUGGACGAGCCCUGCUAUGCAAAGUUUGAAAACCAAGUGUGCUAUGAUACAAAUAUAAAGGGUACUAUUAGCUAUGGUCAGAUUGGUAAUCUUUCGGGGAUUGUUGCCCAGGAUCUUUUUCUCUGGUUUCCUGUCAAAGGCAUUCAUGUGGAUGUUCCCAGUAGCGGAUUGAUAUAUUUUGAUGUUGGUGUUGUUUAUAAACAAUUCUCUCUGUCUCUGUUUGAGAAUCCUCCUGACUGCAAACCAAAGGCUGAUCGCCGUGCUGAAGCUGAGCUGAUGGAGGGGAAGAUGAUCUCAGAUAUGCUUUCCAAGAAAAAUUCCAGAUGUCCAAAUAAUUCUUUGGUGAAGAGGAAAAAUGCUUUGGUAAAAGAAUCAAUUGACCUAAUACUAUCAGACAGAAAGCAGAGUGGAAAUGGACUAUGCCAGUCACCAAAGGCUAAAGAAAUUUAAGAUAAACAGUAAGAACUCUUGCUGUAUGGGUUAUCGAUGAGUUUAUGUUUUGAUAUUUUAUAAUUAAGUACAAAUCAAAGUAGCUGUAUGGUACCAAUUAGCUGUAGCUGAGUAAGAAGUUUCUUCCAUGCAUGUUUCUCUGAGUCACUAGUUAUGUUGGUUGGCAAUAAUUCUGCAAGGGAGAAGAGCUAGAUUUUCUUUGAAGAUUGAGUGUAUUUCUAGAGUGUAACAUCACUCCGGCUUCUUGUAUGAUUCUUCAGUGCAUAUUUUCUUGACAAGUGAGCAGUUGAAGCCUUUUAUCAUAGGGCAAGAGGAAAUAAAAACACUAUGAAGGAAUGUAUUCUGACAUUCAGCGUUUCCACAUUACGACCCAAAGUGCUACCGAGGUCUCUAUUGCCCUUGAAGUUAAAUGGUUAUAUGAAUGGGUUAGUGUUGUAGACUGUUAUGGACUAGAGCACUAAAGGAGCACUCCAAUAUGUAAUAUAUUAUUCUUGUUGGUAGCCUUCAUAAAAUAAGGUGAUUUGAUUUUUAGUUUUUAA